AUGGGCUGCUGCUCCUCAACGGAGUAUGAUCAGUAUGCUGCACAGAGCAGAAGGCUAGCUACGAACCCAGCGGUAGUCAACACUACAAACUAUCCCUACAGGAACCCUGUCCAAACUGCGAGUCGCCAAAGACCAAAGGCAAAGCCAAAGACAAAUCCGAGGCCUAGAAGUUCGAUACCCGGCUCAGUCAUCACAUCGGUAAAUGAGUUGAAUUGGCCAGCACUAGAGCCACUACCCGAACGGCCGGACACGCAGCGUGGCCGACCCACUCGAUUUCUAUCCGUCCUCAGUGUUAACCCGCGGGAAGAACUGGGCGAGAUUCCCGAGACUGCAACUCCAGUUCUGCCACCAGAUGGAAUUUACUAUGAAGGAUAUGCACCCCCGUUACCGGACAGGGUUCCCCAAGAUCCCCACCCUGACAGGAUGGCUCGCGAGCCUCCCCCGAUACCACCCAAAGAGAAAGAAGCAGUCCUGGCGGGGGACGAACAUGGGAUCGCGUAUGCCCCUGCGGUGCCUCCAAAGCCUGAUCAAAUUCGAGGAGAAGCCAUCCCAGCACCGCUCGCCAAGGAUCUCCACUCGGUAUUCGCAGAACUUUCCUCCCAACGCCGGGUUGCUGAACUAGCAGGCCCACCGCCUCCCGCGGAGCUCGAUGAUACCCUCGUCCCUAACCCAGUGCACGAGGAAGUGCGCAUGCAAUACAGGGACGCAGUGCCGUAUGCGCCUAAUUUCUCCGAACUCCCUGCACAGGUACUACCGGUAUCACCUUCUGGGCCCCUGUAUUCUCCACAUUUAGUCGGCAGUGAGAUGAACCAAGGGCUACAGCCCCGCAUAGCGUCUCCCAGACAUGCAGACAGUAUUCACAAGGAGAUGGAUGCCGCGGGCGCAACAUAUGAGCUGGACUACCGCCAAAGGUCGCCGCACAGACAGGUGGUGGAGAGUUUGAUACCUAGCAGUGUUCCCGCCACUGAUCCCCACAGCAGAUAUGUGAGACAGAGGACAGGGAGCAGGAGGUAA